CCACAGACAGCCAAGCCUACCAAACCCCCACACGCAGGUCGUCGUCGUCUCCACGCCCGCACGCCUCCCCUCCAAAAACCCACAGGAUCCGAGCUAAAGCUAAGCUUAGCUACCACACAGUGGUGGCCGCGCACUCCUCCUCCUCCUCGCACUGCACACGCCAACGGGUUACAAGAACGAGUUGGCACGCGAGAGCCCUGCAGGGAGGAGGAAGGAUGCACCUGCACGCGAAGACGGACUCGGAGGUGACGUCGAGCAUGGCGGCGUCGUCGCCGCCGCGGGCGGCCUACUACGUGCAGUCGCCGAGCCACGACGACGGGGAGAACAAGACGGCGGCGUCGUCCUUCCACUCCUCCCCCGCGGCGUCGCCGCCGCGCUCCCUCGGCAACCACUCCCGCGAGUCCUCCUCCUCCCGCUUCUCCGCCGCCAAGUCCGGCUCCUCCCGCCGCACCGCCGCCGCCGGGGGAGACGGCGGCAAAGGCGGUGUCGCGGCUGGCCGCGGCGGCGGAGGUGGUGGUGGUGGUGGGCGGCGUAGCCCGUGGAUGAAGGAGGCGGCCAUCGAGGAGGAAGGCCUGCUGAUGGAGGACGACGACGCCGACGGCGGCGGCGGCGGCGGCGGCGGGUUCUCCUCCCUCCCGAGGCGGUGGCGCUAUGCGCUGGGCUUCGUCGGCGCCUUCUUCGCGCUCUUCUUCUUCUUCGCGCUCAUCCUCUGGGGCGCCAGCCACAACCAGAAGCCCGUCGUCUCCAUCAACAGCAUCACGUUCCACAACUUCGUGAUCCAGGCGGGGACGGACGCGUCGCUGGUGCCGACGGAGCUGUCGACGGUGAACGCGACGGUGAGGAUGACGUUCCGGAACACGGGGAGCUUCUUCGGCGUGCACGUCACGGCGGAGCCCCUCACGCUCUACUACUACCAGCUCCUCAUGGCCUCCGGCAACGUGAAGUACUUCUACCAGUCGAGGAAGAGCUCGCGGCACGUGGCGGUGGCGGUGGUCGGCGACAAGGUGCCGCUGUACGGCGGCGGGUCGGGGCUGAGCAGCACGCCGGUGAAGGGCGCGCCGCCGGCGCCGGUGCCGCUGCAGCUGGCGGUGCGGUUCAGGUCGCGGGCGUUCGUGCUGGGCAAGCUGGUGAAGCCCAAGUUCCUGACCAACGUGCAGUGCAGCGUCAGGCUCGACGUCGCCAAGCUCGGCAAGCCCGUCUCCCUCAACAAGGCUUGCAGCCUCGUCUAAUCUAAGCUGCAAUGCCGGCGAGCUAGCUGCUCAUCACUGCGUCAUCUUCGAAAUAUCGUCUUCUUUUUUUUCUUCUUCUUGUUUCUUUCUUGUCUGAUAUUUACAGUAUAUUGUCACUGCAUACUUUGCGAGUUGGUUAGUUUGGAAGGAGGGUGAGGAGAUCGAUCAGGUUGUGUGUACAGGGAAAUUUUGUCGCGAACAUUUUGAGAUAUCGAAUUUUGGGUGGAUAAUAAUAAUUAAUCACGCCGUUGCCGUUCUUUCUU